GUCUUUUUCGGCCUCUCUCGAUAUUCACUGAGGCAAAGCAAGUCACUGAAGUGAACUCAAUCCAGUCCGAACAGCCCGUGGCGAAGUAACUAAUGUAACUGUUAUUAACGACCAGACCGUUGGCACCUGAUGUCUCUCUUGUUUUCUUGCAUGGAUACUGCUUAAUUUUCUGCCAGCAUCAUGAAACGUGUCGGAUAUUGGAUGAGCGAAAAGAAAAGGAAAAAGUUGAAUUUCGAGGAGCAUCGUGAACUUUUCAGAAAUGCUGGCGUUGAACUUGUUCAGACGUACAUCGAGCGUCACCCGGAGUGUGUGGUGCUGGACCCCUUAGACAGCAUCCGUACCGUGCUGGACCGCUAUACGCAGUACCAGAAAGUCCUACACUCGGAGGUCAUGAAAGACCGCCGGUGUAUGAUUCCUACGUUUGUCGAGCUCAAUACCACCAACAUUGACGAGAACAAAGAAAAACUGGCAAAAGCCGGAGUUACAUUCCCACUGGUAUGCAAGCCUCUCUUGGCCCAUGGAUCCACCCUUGCUCACCAGAUGUCAAUCAUCUUCAACGAAGAGUCCCUGAAAGACAUCAGUCCGCCAUGUGUGGCCCAGUCCUUCAUCAAUCACAACGCCAUUUUGUAUAAGAUCAUGGUGGUGGGCUGCAAGCAGUUCAUCAUACAGAGACCGUCACUGAAGAACCUCUACCCUGGAGCUCAUGCAACUGUUUUCUUCGACACUCAAGAGGUGUCCAAGGCAGACUCUGACCACCCUCUGAAUGCGGUUGACUAUGCCACGUUGGAAGACCAGCCCACCAAACCCGACUGGGCAUACCUGGACAAGUUGGGGCAGAAGUUGCGGUCAGCCAUGCAGUUAGAUCUCUUUGGCUUUGACGUCAUUAUUGACAGCGAAACCAACCAGUAUGGCAUCAUAGACAUCAAUGUUUUCCCAGGUUUUGAAGCCAUUGACAGUUUCUUCAGCAUUCUGUGUGAGCACAUCGUGCGAGUCAUUGAUGCUCAGGAGAAAGGAGAGCUAGUCAAUGGCCGACUCAUGCCCUCCGCCCAGGACAUUGGUGGCUCGAUGAAUAUCCUCAACCAGCUCAACCAGAAGGCGAACGUCUCCCACGAUGACUGCCUCCUCAACAACUUCGCCCUCAACGCACCAAAGAGUAAAACUAUCAAUAACAAUCAGCAGCCUUCCAAGAUGUCUUGAGUUCUCCUGUUCCUGGUUUUUUCUUUGUUUCUACUUUUUUUGUUAUACUGUUUUGAUACAUUAUGAAAAAGCAAAUAUCUUUACAUACAUGCUUUUCUUGUCUCUGUCUAGAGAUAUGAAUCGUAUUUCAAUGAUAUUUUUUUACAUAUAUAUAUAUGUUUGUUUGUGUCUGUAAAUUCUUAAUGCAAAUUGGAACAAAGCAAAUGAAAUGAACUUUCUGGAAACUAAUUCUCAUUCUGUCUGAAAACUGAUUAAGCUGAACCUACGAUGUAAAGGUGGUUCAUUACUUGCAUGAAAUAUCUUUGUCUUUGACGACAUAAAGAUACCUUAUGACUUUUUCAGUGUCGCGAAUCACAGCAGAUGUUUUAUUGUUUAUUUGUCAGAUAAUGGGAGUUAAGCUAUAGGAUAUGAAAUUUUAUUAUUGUAUUUUUUGCUACAAGUCUGAUAUUGAUUAAAGACAUUCUCUAGACAUCUGACAGUAACAAAAUGUCUUCCCAGUAGUGCUUGUUUUUUGUUGUGUUCGGCGACAGAGAAGUCUAAAAUUUCCAUGCCAGCUUCUUUAUUUUUCAAGGUUAGAAAUGGUAAAGUUGCUUUUUGAAUUUGUUUUUUUUUAGUUCAAAUUUGUUUUUGCUAAUAUUUAUUUGCUACUAGGUUCACUUAUUUAUUUUUACCUAAAACUGUUGAAAUUUAUUUUUAAAAAGAAAAUUUUGUGACUGCACUGCAAUAAAAUUGUACAGGUAUAUAAGCUGCUGAUUAUUACAUGUGUUAUCCUUGUGGCUUUGACACUCCUCUUAAACACAAUUUGAGUACAGUGUGGCGUGUCUUUGGCUCUUUGUAUGGCUUGUGUCUCUCAGGUGUCCAAAGUCAAUGCAGUUGUAGUGAGGGGUUAGGGGGGGGUUCCUUCUUCUUUGCAAUCCUUCUAUCGGUUCUCUUUAAUUUGCUUCUUCGCAUCUUAUAAAGACCACUAUCAUGACUGUCUGCUUCUUUAUACAGCAAACAAACAAAUGAACCGGUUGUAGUGGAUGUUGUCAACCUUGUGUUAUCACUUCAUCUUACUUGCACUUCAUCACAAUGCUCUUUGUAUCCAAACUGAUUUUCAAUGAUAAUUAUAACAGUACUUGGUGUAAGUGGGGCAAUUUUUUGGCCUCCAGUUCUGGAAUAUGAAGGGGAUAAAGCAGUGUUACUUGUAUCUCGUCACAUUGUUUAGGUUAUGUUGUCUGUCGUUUUCUUUAGAUGAGAAAUGUCAGAUUUAUUUCAAAGUUGUCACGGGUUCAGAUUUGCUUCAAUGACUUCCAUUCUCACAUUAUGAGGCAAAAGUUUCAUGUGCAAAACUAGAUGGAGUUUGAGAGACUUUAGGGACCUUAUAUAACUUACAGCAGAGGCAAGUUUCAACUUGUCACGUUUUUGGAUUUCAGAGGGAAGGUGGGCUCAACAAAUAGAAUUUUAACACUCCUUAAGAAAGGGAGAAUAUUUGAGCCCUUUGCUCAACUUGUUUUACUUCUCUUUCCUUGUGCGGAAAACUAUUUUGGGUGUGUUUUUGUUUGUAUUCUUUGUUGAUUGCCUCUUCGUUCAGUGAAUGUUUUCAUCAGCUGUAGAUUCAUGGAUAUGCUGCAAUGACAAAUAAAAAAUGAAAGUGAUUUUGUUUAUCAAGGGACAAAGAAUAGUAAAGUUUAGCAGUGUCAAUGUUUCACACUAUACUUUGUCAUUGUAUUUCAUUCGAUCGUUCGGUCGUUCAUUCACUCAUACGCACGUACGUACGUUCAUUCAUUCAUUCAUUCAUUCAUUAUUGUCAGUCAUAACGGGACCAGAUUCAUUUUCUUCAAUGUAUAUGAAGAGCUUGUGUGGUUUCUUGGUAUACCGGAUUCUAAGUGUUCUGUAGGGCAGCAGUUUCAUUUUGUUAUUUUUUGGGUUUCUUUCAUUUACUUUUUGCUUGUGUGUAUUUCAAUUGCUUGUCUCAGAUCUGAGAGUGCUUCUUAAAACGUAAAAAAUAUCAGUUUUUUAGAGACGCUUUUCUCAAAAUUCUUGGAGCAGCGACGUACAUGUGUAGUGUAGUCAUGUUGCAAUUUCUUGCGUUUGAACAUUUCCACUGGCUAGAAGGUUUAGACAUAUUUCCCUUGACAUAUUAUACACUUGUAUUGCUAGUUUAGUUUCUAAAUUAUAGUUUUAUUCGUGUAUGGCAUAAAUGGUGAAGUGAAAUGUACUUUUGUUUCCCAUAUGAAUGGACUCAUAGUCAUUGGGCAUAAUUAUUAAUGGGGACCUGCAUAUUGUGGUGUAGACAGAGGAGAUACAAUUCAUUCGAGCAUCUGGCUUGUGCAUGUCUGUCUGCCUAUAUUCUAGACAUUUACAACGUCAGAGUUUGCCGAAGCACACAGAGCCACGAAUGACUAUAUGAUGAAAACUUUUUGAGAACUUUCUCUGCUAAUCAGUGUUUAUGUAUAUGAAAUGAUUUAACGGAAGACUGUACAAAAAAAUGAUGAACUUUUGCCUUUGCCCCUUGAUGAAUAGAAUUUCAUUCCAUUUUUGUGUGUGUCUAGAUCUUUCUCCUCUUCUUCUUUCGUCCUUGUUAAAGUGUCAGUUUUUAUUACAGUAUGAAUAGUUAGAAGUUUUGAGCCGCAGGUGGUUUGUAGCUACAACUCAACUUACAAGUCUAAAGUUUUACUUCCAUUCCCUCCAUACCUUACUCUGGUCUUGUCUUUUUAUCUUUUCUUUGGUGGACGAGAAUAGUGAGAUGAAAGGAAAAAUGGAGGGUGUUUGAUAACAAGCCUUUGAAUAAUAUAAAAUCCUUUCGCAUCACUGGGAUAUAUAUAGGUUGGAGUUUCUCAUCUAAAUGGCCAUGAAUAGAAAUAUUUUGCACAAGCUUUUCUAAGGUAAGCUACUCUCCUUUGUGUUUAUGUUUGUUCUUUGUCUUGAGUUGAAGCACAAAGUAAAUGUUGUGAAAAUAGUAGGGAGUCAGUCGAGUCGUGUUAUAAAAAUACCAACCUUUUCCACCAAACCGCAGAAAUCGGUUGUGGGGUCAAUGAGUUACAAUAUGUGUCUGAAAAAAUGGGACUUUGAGCUUGGGGUUGAUUGUAAUAGCUAACAUUUUUAUAGAAAAAAGCCGCCAAAGAGUUAUGAAUCCAUGCAUGUAGGGGUAGCUUCAAAUGGACAGUACAGAAAUGCUAAUGCCUUUCGUGUGAGGGUCAAAUAAAUAUUGAGAGUUGCUGAGAGGCUCUUACUCUUAGUCUGGGAGAAUGUAAAUACAGUAUAAUCCACUUAUAUCGACAUUUUGACAUAUCAACAUAUUUUCCAGUUACGAAAUUUUCCCUUCCAUAUCUUCACUAAACAAUUUCUCUUAUAUCGACUUUUUUUCGGCCCUCUCUGCUUUAUCGACAUGCUUCCUGGGUACCUGGCGAAGCCCACGAACAUAAAUGGGGGGAAAAGCCACGCUAAGGGUCAACGCAUUAGUUCUUCAUUAAGCCGGCAUGCCCGCCAAGUAGCCUAUAUCGACACACGAAUAUUCAGUAGGUCAUGUAGGGCCUACACAGUGUAGUCUCCAAAAAAGUACAGUGCCUCACGGACGUAAGCGUCUCACGCACUGGGCAUCACCUCCCUACCCCCACUCCCGAUCGCUCACACCCCUUCCCCAUCCCAUUCUCAGUCUGUCGCUGGCAAGUGCCACUGUCAGCGAGUCAGUGCCUCACCUUUCCAUUUUCCCCAGCAAACGGCCAUAAACAGGCCUUACAAGAAUGCAAAAACAAAGUUUUAGCUGGUGUGUUGUGUGCAUCUCGCGUUGCUCGGUCUUUGGUACCGCAACUCCAACCCUCCCUUCCCCUCUUGCUGUUGUUAGUUUCACAGUUUGGUUGUGUAAGAAUCAAGAGAAGCAACCAGCUUAAAAAAGUGUUUUCGUUUUACCACUGACCUCCCGUUGUUUUUUCCUAUUUGGCUUUAUAUUUUCAUUUAUCGACUUUUUAAUAUAUCGACAUCAAAUCCACUUCCCAAGGCAUGUCGAUACAAGCGGAUUUUACUGUAAAUGUUGGUGUGCCACCUGACUCUUUAAAAAAAAUACAGUCAAACCUUGUUAUACAACCCCCCGUUCGCCAGGCCAGGUCAAUGACUUAAUUGAAUCCAAGUUUGCCGAUUUAUGUGUUUAAUCUGAGCUAUUAAAAAAAUUUUAAUGAACAAAAAAAUUGAGGAAUCCAUCUCCCUUCAUUGAAUCCAAAUUCGUUGUGUCCGAGUUUCAGAAAAUUUUACUUUAAAUUUACGUUAAGUUGGAGCUGGGCAUGUAGUCUGUUGCUGCUCGUUUUCCCCUGCGCAUUAUGAUCGCCCAAGACAGAUCUAGAUCUCUUGUCUCAACCAGUCCAGUCUACCACUAGUCAAAAUGGCAAUCAGUGCUACCCCAUUAUACCGCCUGCCCCACUGUACCACCAACUUCAUGCUCGUCCCAAAGUAGGCAAUAUAAGGAGGUUUUACUAUGGUUUUUUUCCUACUUUUGUGUACGGUAUCUGAUAAUACUCGUAAUUCUAUCUUUUGCUGUAUCAUGUUAAACCCAACCGUACCAGCUGUGAAUUGCUUACAAAAUUGUUUAGAGGUUAGUUUUGUUUUAAGUGAAUACAGAUAUGCUGCCAUUGUCUUUGAGGAAAUUGUCAAGCUUUUAAAUUUUUAAUUGUAUUGUCUUGGUUAAAGAAUUGUCAGUGUCACACAGAUCUAGCAGCAGAGUGACAGUUGUGCAUGAUGUCCAUAUGUCUUCAUGUGUCGUAGAAACUACAGAUCUACCUCUGUUCAUGCCAUCAGAUUUGAUGACAGUUGUGGGACCCAACAAGAAAUAUAUGAAGCACUGUACCAUGUGUUUCAAAAAUAUUUUUCUCCCAUUUUUUUUCCUUUUUACUGUGGCCUGACUUGAAGACUUGUCUUUAGACAUUGGCUUACAAUUUGAGACGUAGGGACAUACAAAUGUAAACGAAUUUUAGUGGGAUUAUUGGCUGGGUUGAAACAUUUACAACAUCUUAUGGUUGUUUUGUGUUGUUGCAUACAUUAUCCACUUCUCUCUUUCUGUACAGCAAGAGUUAAUGAACAGUAUCAUGCAUUCUUCUUGUUCAUUGAUAAAUCCUGUUUCUUUGUAUUUUUUCAUCUAAUGUGUGAAUUACAUUCUUUGAUCAAAUUUUCUUUCAUUUGUAAUUACUGACUUCAAACCUGUAUGAUGAAAGUGAUGUGUAAAAAAACAAUUGUUAAAACUAUAUAUAUUCAUGACUUUAUUCUUGCUGUCUUUACAUUUAUUUCAUAGCUUAUGUGAUAUACCAAUUUAUACACUUUUAUUGUUGUUUGAAUUUUUAUUUUCUCUUUCCUGGAUCUAAGACAAAGGACUAACAUGGGAAUGCUUUGCGGCAUUUGCCCCAGGUUAUCUCCAGUCUUGCUAGAAACUGUCACUGAAGCAUUGAGUUUAGCAGCUGUCAGUUUUUUUCCCUUUUAAAAUACCAUAUCUCUCAUUUGGGUCUUCUUAUAGGAAAAAUUGUGGAGCAAAAUAGACAAAAUCCAUUUAUUUAGGAAUGUAAAAAAAAGCUUGUUGAGAUCAUUUUUCCAUCAGCAUGUUUGCCCUUAGAAUAGUUCGAAGGUUAAAUAUAUUUACCAGAGCUACAACGAUUAAGAACUAAUACUAAUAAAACUGUACUGUGGUGGUUGCUGUCCAUCAGUAGUGUUAUGAUCUAUGGUAACACAAACGCGUCAAGUUCAUAACGAACAGGCUGUGGGUCUUCUGUUAUGUCAAGGCAGAAGCUUGUAUAAUUUUUGUCAGAACAGAAACUUGCACUAUUGGCAUAUCAUAAUAACUGACAAGUACCAGGUACUAUCCCUUUACGAACAUCGGACUUGUAUGGUUAUAAAGAAGAUUUUUAUUUUACAAUAGCGUCCCUUCUUAUGAUAUACGGCAUAAUCAUUUUUUUUUACCCUGGGGCUGUAUUGAUACUGUCAGGGCUUUAGUAUUUGGUAAUUUUUGGUCCCUUUUUAUGUGCCAACUGUUGUUGGUUCUUGUGCCGACUUAUGUGAACAUAAAUAUAGAAGUUUAAUGAUUUGUUCUUUUUCAUUGAUGAACUACUAAGCAUAACCCUGAUGACUAGGGAAAUGGUGACAGCUCAGUUGGUGUUUAUUUUUACUGGACUGUAUUUUACGUGACCCUGGUUUGAAACCACAACAGGGUGCUUUUGUACUUGGGUUGUUUUGGGAGUCUUUAGAGUUCCCAGUUCUCUGUCUGCUUUGUUUGCUCCUUCUAUUGCAGAUGGAAGUUGUUUUCAAAGGUUGAGCCAUACAAUACAAAUGUAUCAUAAGUGGUGUGUUUAAUUGAUACCAGUGGAGCAAGUGAUGUUCCUACAACUAGAAAAUUAUUUCUGUGACAAAACAAUUUUGCGAUGGAAACAGAAUGCUUCGAAGAUGUUCAUGUUUUAUUUUAAAUCUAACUCUCAUGAACAAAGUAGGUCCACUUUAAGGAAACAAGCUGUGACUACUCCAAAGGAAAAAGAAAGCUGCUACUGCUAGCAGAAACGGAAUAAGAAUUGCUCAGUUGUACUGUAUUAUAUUUUUGUCUAUAAUGAUAUGUCAAGUGCACUUUUUGUGUUUGGUCAGAGGUCACUCACUACUUGUUCUCCAGUGAUGCUGGCUGCAGUGCCAGUCGCUUCUCAGACUGUGUGUCUUUCUCCGUGUCUUUGCGCAACGUGCCAAGGUCGACACACAGCUUACAGUUACUGCUCCCCCUCCCCUGAGGUCCUGUGAGGACAACCUGUGAAGUUUGAUCGUCAGUGUCUCUGGCAGACCGUGCAAACCUGCCUUCUUUGCUCUGACAUUCAUGUGGCUUGCGACUUCCUCUGAUGAUAAAGAGGUCGUUUCUCCCUGUGUUUGCUCUCGGCUGGUUAUGGUCAGGAUUAUUUCAGAAUGUUUGUUUCUUGAUGUCUCAAGCUCAAACUGACCACUAAGCUUUGAGGGAGAAUAUAAUAAACACACGUUUCACUUUCUCGUCUUGGUCGGAGGGGAGGGAGCUGUUGUUGAGUCUUUUGUUGUCAUUUUGCAACUUCCUAACACAAUGAUAUUUUAUUAAUUGAAUUUCUAGUGGAUAAAUGAAAUAUCCAUAAGCAAUUUUUUAUACUUUUGAAUAGUACGUCGAGUAUCUCUGCAAAAUAGUCAUGUUUUCAACAGUCACAAUUGCACCUACAUGUACAACUUCUUCAAAGUUCUUUAUUUUUCUUUGGUUUACUCCAUUUACUGUAUCAAUCUAUAGUUAGCAAAUAGACACUGCUGAUCUCUGUGAAACAAAUCUUCCAAAAUUCAUUACAGUUAUACAUCAUUUCCCACAUUAAGUAUGUUUUAAUUUUAAAAACGCGUUGCUUCAAGGGUUUACUUCAUUAAAACAACAAUGCUAAAGGUCAUUAUAAAUUAUAGGCAUGAGUCAGCUCUUGAAUUAAAUUGCACCCUUAUUGAAAAGGUAAACUGAAACAGCUUCAAUCGCAUAUUUGUUCUUUAUUUUACUUUUUGUCAUGGCCCAAAAAAAUAUUUUAAAAUUUCUUCGAGUCUUGUGAGUAGCGUACUCAUUUAGUUGUAGCAAGUGUUAUUGAAUGGUCAUUACUACUGAUGACACAGACUUGUUAUUGAAUGGUCAUUGCUACUGAUGACACAAUAAACAAGAAUAGUUUGAAAUGUUGACAAGUUUUCUGAUCAGAUGAAUGAAGCAGGAGUUGAACUGUGUAAUGCAAACCAGUAUUUUAGUGAUAUGAGCAGACUGUUUUAUCAUGUCAUAUGUUGCUAAAUGUUAUGUUUUCUUUUCUCUUACAUUGCUUGUACUUUAUACUGAAAGGGUUUUUGUUAAAAAUGCGAUUUCAUAACAUGUUUAAUAAAUUACAUUUCCAUUCAUGAGACCUA